AUGGCAAACCCACGUGGAGGGGAUGGUCAUGAUGUUACUCCGUUCUUAGUUCGGCUCUUCCAUAAGACUGGCAGCUUUCACAGGCCAGAGGAGUUCGCUUCACCGUCUCUCCCGCCACAUGUUCCCAUCUACACAUGGCCCACCUGCACUCUCCAUGAGCUCGCCCUUGAACUGGCGGCAGCCAAACCCAGCGCAAUACCUACUCCCGCGGUGGGCACGAGGCUCUCGUUCCAGCUCGUUUGCCCGGAUUUGCGCGGCACAAGCGCCAUUCACGCUGCACAGCCCAAGUUUGCCGUCAAGGACCUAGGAAGCAUCGUCAUUGGCGAGGGCUAUCCUUUCGCAGAUGAUGAUGAUGCCGGUCCAGAUAUCUCGAUGAUGGACGAUGGCGCCAAAGACAAGACACUGGCCGACUGGAGAUUUGUGGUUGGUGAUUACAUCUCAUGUGCGGUGCUUCCUCCCUUGUCAGACGGCUCUGUAGCGCCACCAUCGGCCGCCAGAAGAGCAUCAUUAUCUGCCGGGCGGGACGGUCGUGGCAGUGGCUUCAGGGGUGGUUUCCAUGGUCGGGACAGCAACUUUGGCCGCGGCUCUGGCCGCCAGGGCAGGCCAAUCGGCUGGAGAGAGGGCAGGAUUCCCUCGGGUGAGUGGAGGAGAGGAGAGGAGCUGCCGGACGGGCCACCGGGGGCAUCGCGCGGCAGACGCUGGUAG